GCCUCGACGACGAUGACGGCAGUGAUGAAAGGAGGCCUCUUCGAGCAGCGCUCGCUUCGUCUCCUCCGAGAACAUCUGUCCAUGUCCCUCCGACGCGUCGGCGGCAAGGGCGACGGCGGGAUCGACCUACAGGGAUGGUGGUGGCUUCCUGCUGAGUGUCUUUCACAUGCCCGUGCUAGCCGUCUGGACUCUUCUGCUUCGCCGCGCAAGCGGCUUCGGAUCGUCGCACAGUGCAAGGCCGAAGAGAAGAAGAUCGGACCUCGAUUCAUCCGCGAGUUCGAAGGCACAGUCCUCCGCCACUCUGCUUACCUGGCCCCGAGAGACCACGAUGAGGAGCAUCCGCCGGACACGCGCGACGCGCUCGUAGGAAUGUUCCUCUCCAUCUCGCCGUUCACGAAGGCCUCUAUCCUCCAAGCGUACUCGUCGCCUAUCCCUCUUGCGCUCCUGCAUCUUCCUGUGGUCCCUAGAAAGGCCCUAGUGGAGGAGGGGACGGAUCUGCGCGGGACCCCGGAUGAUCUAGUUUCGGCUGUCGUUGCAGAGCCUGUCUUACCUGGAACGCUUGUCUUCAAUCCUGCUUUGGCUGGCCCUGCUGGACUGCUCCACGGGAUGGUAGAGCCGCGCUUGCACUUCUCACCCGCCACCGGUCGAAGCUAUCCAGCGAUAUGGAGCAACGGCAAGCAAAUACGUAGCUGGACGCCAGAGGAUGACAGUGACAACCCAGAGACGCCAUGACACCCGCGCUACUCGUACAUUGUGUGUACCAGUACAUUAGCACCUGCUGCGGAGUGCUAGCCCUUGCAAGAAUCAAGAGACGACGCUUUCGUCCGACGAGACAGACGCGGUUCAAGCGCGAUCUGUCGCAGGUUGAGAAGUACGUGGGACCCCUUGAUGAAACGACCGACGUGGCCCAGCUGCGACUCUGUGAUCAAUCCCAGCGCUGGCACCUCACGAAAGUGCACACGUACAAGUAGAAUAUCCCCGACAAUGUCUCCGAAAACACUGUGUAUAUCACCGCGUUGAGCACCAUGACCACUGCGCGUCCCAAUAAACGCCCACGUCCCAUCGCGCACCAUCGUGUUCAGGAUCGGUCGCCUUAAU